UAUACGAGAUAAUUGAUGAAUUCCGUUGUCGCCAUAUUGAAAGUUCUUUCUGAUCGGUUCUCCUUGUUGAUGCACGUGGAAGAUCCAAGAUGUCGCACUUAAAUUGGAUGAUAGUCCGCAAUAACAAUGCCUUUCUUCUUAAGAAACGCAACAUUAAUAAGCCAUUUUCCACGGAAUCCAACAACUUGACGAAUCAGAGCAGCUAUCGCUACUCUGGUUUGAUCCAUCGUAAGAGUGUAGGCAUAGUUGAUACCCCUGACAAAAAGGGAUUCACAGUCGUCUACAAGAAGGCCAAGGCGGUCAACAAGCCUGCUAAAGCUACAGUCAAGAGUACAAUGAAGGCUGGGGCUCGUCGUUCCCUUUAUAAACUGAAGACUCUGCUGACAAAGAAUAAGUAUCGUGUAGAUCUUACCAAGGCUGCGUUGCGAAGAGCUAGCGCUGUAUUACAGUCUCAGAAACCUCUUCCUGCUAAAAAGACGCGAACUACUAAGAAGACCGAUUAAUUUGUACUAUUAAAUAUAUGUUUUAACAUAAUA